UCGUGAGAAAUAGACCGUUUGUAAAGCUGAAGCCCGCGAAAACAGCGGUAUACUCGUAUUGUCUUUGUACCCUUGAGCUAGCAAUGUCCGAGUAGUUAUUGACGUCUGCUUGUUUUACAUUAAUCUCAAUGAGCUCAAUGACGUGACCCACUGGCGCAUUCCUGAGUGAGUGGCUGCUGUCUUAAGGUUGGGGGUGAGCGCUUUCUGAAUUGCUGGCAGUCCGUACAUGCACCACCAUGGCUCGCCAGGGGGCGCUCGAUUGGACAGUGAUCGUCCUUACUUGCCAGCACAAGGAUAGUGUGUACGCCUUUCAGAGAGAGUUGGAAGUGCGUCAGCAGCGCGGCUCUCUACCAAAGGGGGCGCUGUUGCUGACGGUAGCCGACCCCCAGGAGCGCCUGGGUAGCGGGGGAGCCACCCUGAAUGCCCUGCUGGUGGCAGCGGAGCACCUCAGCGCCAGGGCGGGGUACACUGUGGUGACGGCGGACGUACUGGACAACGCCUACAUCCUCAUCCUGCACACGGGGCGAGACUUCCCGUGGGACAGCUGUGGGCGGGCGUUCUGCUGGCUCCCUGAGCAGUGUGCUGCGGGGUCAGUGGAGCAGCCUGUGUGCUGCCUGGACCUGCAUCUGAGCAUCCUCACACACCAGAUUUGCUCCGGCUCUCCCCCUGGAGUUUGGGUGUGCAGCACAGACAUGAUCCUGGCGUUACCCAGCAUUCCUGCAAUGUCCUGGGACAGUUUCUAUGGAGUUAGAGUGCUGUCUUUGCCUGGGGAGGUGACCUAUGCCACCAGUCACGGGGUAUACCUCACUGAUGAGCAGGACAGAGUGCGUGACAUCAUCUACAAGGGCCCGGAGGAGAGGAUCCGACAAGCCAUGGGGCCGGAUGGGAAGGUUCCUCUGGUGUCUGGGCCGGUGUUCUUCUGCAGGGAGGUGUCGGAGCGUCUGCUGCAGAUGCACGUCACCCCCCCGCUGGACGGCUGCACCUACCUGGGCAUGGACUCAGGAGCCCCCCCCUUAGAGAUCUCCCUGUUCCUGGACGUGCUGCGGUGCCUGUGCUCGGACGUGGGGGAGGAGCUCUUCGUCAGCGAGGAGAGGCGGGGCUGCGCUUCCCCGCAUGGCCCACAGGGGGCGGCGGUGAGGAACGCCAGGGCGCUCCUCUGGAGGACGCUGCGAGGGACCCCCCUCACCCUGGUCUACGUUGCAGAUGGUGGCUAUGACUACAUGACCCUCUCUGGCCUGGAGCACGUCAGGCGUCUGACGAAGAUGGGGAGUGAGACAGAGACGCUGUCACACGUACAGAAUGUAGAGAGUUUAGGAGCGGGCAGUAGAGUGAUAAACAGUAUUCUGGAAGGGGACAUCAUCGUUUCUCCUGGAGCAGUCGUCCAGCACUGUCACCUAAAGGGCGCAGUGCAUGUGCCAUCCGGUUGUUUAGUGUCGGGGUUGGAGCAGUCCGCGGUGAGCAGUGUUCCACAGCUGGCUCUGCUCAAUGACAUCAUCAUUCAGGGACACCGUGUGCAGUUAGGGGAUCUGCAUCUGACUGUCUUCACUGUGCUGGGUGCACAUGACGAUCUGGAGGCCUCUCUUGACGAUCCGUCUGCCACGUUCCUGAACCAGAAGUGGACGGACUUCUACGACCGCACAGGAAUUCAGCCUGGGGACCUGGGGGCGGCGGGGGGCGGUGGAGAUGCCCGGCCCUGUCUCCUGGACCUCUGCCUGUUCCCCGUGUUCGAGUCCCGGGGGGGCUCGGUGGGGCUGGGGUGGGCGCGGUGGCUGCUGGCCGGGGGCGGGGCCGGGGGCGGGGCCGGGGGCGGGGCCUGGGAGGCGGGGCGCUGGCGGGCGGCGUGGAGGCUGUCUCUGAGGGAGGUGCUGUCCUGCACUGACCAGCAGGGGGAGCUGCUCUGGAGGGAGGAACUGUUUUUCCGCGCCGCGCGUAGGAGGACAGGGGACGCGUUGACGGGACGGACGGACCGCAGCCUCCUCCCCAGCAUCAGGGCAGCCGUCCUGGGGGGCAGGCAGGAGCCGCUGCUGCAAGCGCUGGACUCUGUGGCAGCAGGCAGUAGCGAGGACCUCGGCAUAGCUGCCCGCACUCUUGCCUGCAUAGCGGAUGUGCUGGGCUGCCUGGCGGGGGAGGGCAGGGGGGGCCUGAGGAGUGGGCCGGCCGCGAACCCCGCGUGGGGCCCCGCCUUCGCCCGGCUGGAGAGGGGAGACCUCCCCGGGGGCGUGCAGGCUCUGGCUGAGGAGAGGCAGAACUGGAUGAGCAGGCCGGACCUGCUGGUGCGUGCUGCACGCCACUACGAGGGGGCGGGGCAGGUGCUGCUGCGACAGGCUGUGAUGUCAGCACAACGCUUCGUUUCUGUUGGCCCAGGGAAUUUGCCACCUAUUGGGGAGUGGCAAGAGGUGGAGUGUCCGGCCAGGCUUGACCUAUCAGGUGGCUGGAGCGACACCCCACCAAUCACGUUCGAGCGUGGAGGCGCUGUGGUGAACGUGGCUGUCAGGGUGGGCGGCCGUCGGCCAAUCGGGGCCAGAGCUCGCCGAAUCGAGGAGCCUCGGCUCCUGUUGGUCAGCUCCAGCGGUGGGCGGGGCGGCCAGGUUGCCACGGAGACUGUGUGCCUGACCCUACAGGACCUGGAGGACCACUGCCAGCCUCACGCCCCAGGUGCCCUGCUGAAGGCGGUGUGUCUGUGCAGCGGGCUGGUGGCCUUCCCUUCCCAGCAGCCUCUGGGGCAGCAGCUGCUGCAGCGCUGGGGCGGAGGGGUGGAGCUCCAGAGCUGGUCCCUCCUCCCCCACGGCUCAGGCCUGGGUACCAGCAGCAUCCUGGCGGGGGCUCUGCUGGCCGCAGUGUACCUGUGCACCGGCCGCUCCUUCGACACCGACUCCCUCAUCCACGCCGUGCUGCACCUGGAGCAGACCCUGACCACAGGUGGGGGGUGGCAGGACCAGGUCGGGGGACUGGUGGGGGGCGUGAAGAUCGCACGCUCCAGGGCCUGUCUGCCCCUGAAGGUGGAAGUGGAGCGUCUGGACCUCUCUGAGGACUUCCUGUUAUCACUGCAACAGCGCCUCCUGCUGGUGUACACGGGGAAGACACGCCUGGCUCGCAAUCUACUGCAGGAUGUGGUGCGGAGCUGGUACAGCCGUCUGGCGGCCAUUGUGGAGAACACCGAGCAGCUGGUGAGCAACGCGGAGGAGUGCGCCCGCGCGUGUGCCGAGGGUUCCCUGUCCAGGUUGGGCUCGUGUUUGGACCGGUACUGGCAGCAGAAGAAGGCCAUGGCGCCGGGGUGUGAGCCAGCGGCCGUGAGGAACAUGAUGGCCGCCCUGCGACCUCUGACCCUGGGCCAGAGCCUGGCGGGGGCCGGGGGAGGAGGCUUCCUCUUUCUGCUGACACACGAGCCCCUGCAGGAGGAGAGAGUGAGAGAGGUGCUGAGUAACACACAGGGCCUCGGGGACUUCAGUGUUCACUCAGUGGAGAUCGACAUGGAGGGGGUCUGCCUGCUGCCCCCGUCCCAGAGCAGUCUCGGGCCUGACCCCGGCCCCUAAAGCACACCUAAUUAAGGCUCAUCAUUCUCAGAUUUUAUUACAUAUCCAGGAAUUUAUUUUUAUUUUAUUUUAUUUUUCAUUUUAAAAAACAGAUGGAAAAUUUCAGAUUUUUUAAAAGCGGGUGGAAAUCAGGUUGUAAUAAUGCAAAUAUCCGGGAUAAAUCUUUUAUUUUACUUUCUUUUAACCAUAGGCUUUGAGAAUGGAACAAUGAUAGUGCGCAUUCCAGGAGAUUGGAUGUGUUGCGCCUGCUAGGUCAACUGCACAUUUAAUGACGUUCGCACAAGGCAUGUACAAGAAAUAGGCCUAACAUUGCCAUAAUAAUGACAAAGUCAUUCUUAUAAUCACUCAAUGCAAACAAUCAGUGCAAUUUUAAUCAGCAGUGUGACCACUGCAGCAUCGUCAUCUCUCCCCAUAAUAGGAGCCCCAGCACAUCAUCUUUUUGUGUCCCUGUAAAAAGAGUGUGACAGUGUCAUAAUAUGAACCCCAGUGCAACGUCUUUAUCCGUCCCAAUAACAGGAGCUCCAGUGUCACAACAUUUGUCUUCCCUGUUGAGCCCAGUGCCCCUUUCUGGGGUUCCGGUUACACCAUGUUGAUUCUGGGUGCCUUGCUCUGCCUCACUGGCAGUGUCUCCUCCAGUGUUACUGAAGGCCACACCUGUAGGCCGACCUGACGUCAUCUUUUUCCUGGACAAUUCUUCGAUUUUGUAACUUCGGAAUUUCUAUUUCCUAAAAAUAUCUGGUUCGGAUUUGCUCUUUCCAUAGUCUGUAUCUAAACAAAGAAAUAGUUUUAUGUUCAUAAGGCCAGCCUGCCUUGACUUCUAUGAAAUCCAGUAUCUGGCCACUCAGCUUGAUCAGUUGUAUCUGGUGUGCUUGUGUGGAUUCCCUGGAUGGUACUGGAGGACAGGUAUAGGAACCGAGGCCCGACUUUCACGAGGCCUCCCAAGUGUUGCGUUUGUGCCUGUGGCUACAUUUACUAGCCUGUCCUGCAUCCCGUCGCUGCUACGGCCUCUAUAUAUUUGGGAGAAGGCCGGAAACUAUCCAGCAGGGAUCAUCAACUCUGGCCCUCGAAUCCAAAUCCGGUCCUGGUUUUCAUUUCUUCCCCGGGGAUAAACUGAACAGCUAGUCCUACUGAACGGCCAGACUGUCUGGACACCUGACUCCCAGGUGAAGGGAGGGUGGAAAACCAGCAGUUCCAUGGCCCUCGAGGACCGCGAUUUGAUGAUCCCUUCUGUACAGUCUCUGGAAGAGAACACUUCACACGCCUGAUGCAGGCCAGCUGCAGUUCCCAGACUGACCAGAGGGGGCACACUUGCGAUUGGGACUUGCAGGUGAGACUUUUCCCCCCUCCUGUAUUCCAUCCAUGGAUUGUAGAACAAGUAUAGACCCAAGUGCCUGUAUGUCACCCACUGACUAUCCAUGGGCUUGCUGAAAGUAUUUUGAAACCACGGAACUCAACGUUUACCCGCACCAUUGGAGCCAGACAGCACAGUGGGGAAGGCGUGCGCAGCCCCAAGAGGGACGUAAUCUGUCCACGAAUCGACCGCAAUGCAUUUCGACUGCAACUGCGCCAUUGACUUUACAUUGGAAAAACGGGUCUGAAUGACCUUCGCCGGAGCCAGCCGCAGUGGUGCUAGUGAGCACCGUCUCUCAGCAUGACCAGGAAACCGGUUUUGGCUCCAUCGUUUUAGGACUUCUGGCCCUGGCUGACCCGGCACAGUCAUGAUUCGUUUCCUGACUGGGAUGUGACGCAUCACGAAGGAAUACUGCUUACAUCCAGUAUCGGGGAUGGGGGGCACAUUUUUCAAGAUACUGUUUAGUGCUGCCUGUCCACCUGUAUUAUUGAAGAAAGCGCUAUUUUUUUGAUACAUUAAAUUACGCACCUGUACGUAA